UUCGCAAUCAUUAUCUAGGGGACAGAUGUUUGGAUGUACCCCGAUGAUGAUGAAGGCAUUUAAUAUGCGAUGACCGUCACGGAAAAUCUUGACCAGUCGUAUUGUUGUCCAGAUUCUCUUCGACGUUGAUCUGCUUGAGUUUAUGUGCCAAAGGACCUGGUAUCCUCUGCGGAAGGUGACAUUCCACUGACCAUGCAAUUGCUAUGGCUUCUGUUCUACAUUCGCAGUCCCAUUACUCCCAAACAGCUAAACCACAUCGUCGGAGUGCUGCACUUUAUCGCUGAUCUUUCUACUGUCCACUUCCACUUCUGGAAUCUGCGAAUCCAUCCACCCGGCAAGGAUAACAUGUGUCGAAGUCUCUUUGCGUGUGUAUUGUAUCCGAUUUGGUCGCCUUGUAGGGGUAAAGAUGGAUCCUGGUGCAGAGCGUGACAUGAUGAUGCGGUCCUCACGUAAGAGGUCGAGCUUCAGAAGUCGAAAAACUUUGCAUGCCAUCAGGUUUUGAACAACGAUGGUCGGCACGCUGAACGUUGAUCGUACUAUUGGCGAUAUGCCUGGUGCUAGUAGGACGAAAAUCCCAGCAAUGUUAACGCCAACCGUCGUCCUGGAUAUUGUCAUCAUAUCCGGUCUGCAAGAUGUUCUUCGAAAUUUGACCCAUAUUCUUUGUAUUCCAUAAGGAUCGGAUUCGUUCUUUCCAUGAACUCGCUGGGGCAUAGUACGAUGGAAUGCGUAUGGAUAUGGCAAUGAAAACACAUGUGUC